AUGGCAGGCUUUGGAGUAAAUGAAGACACACCUCUACUCCGCCGCUUUUCCAUCCCGCCAGUCUUUACCCAACCAGCUUGCUUUGAACAAAUGUCCGACAAGAUGGCUCUCGAGUCAGAUUACAACACACAUGCCUGCGUCUUUCCCUUCUCCAGAAAACACAACACCAACAAAUCCGAAGAUGGACGCCCACAAAUGCCCCAAGCAAUAGCCCACCGCGGCUACAAAGCAAAAUACCCAGAAAACACCAUGUCCGCCUUUUCCUCCGCGGUAGAAAUCGGCGCCCACGCCGUAGAAACAGACGUCCACAUCACCAAAGACGGCGUAGUCGUUCUCUCCCACGACAACACACUCAACCGCUGUUUCAACCGCCCGGAACAAAUAAUCGAUUGCGAUUGGUCAUUCAUCGCACCCUUACUCACCACACAAGAACCUAAACAACAUAUGCCCCGACUCAUCGAUUUACUGGAAUAUCUGGCUCACCCGAAAAGAGCGGAUAUUUGGGUCCUGCUGGAUAUUAAACUCGACAACAAUGAUGAAGAUAUCAUGCGAUUGAUCGCCUCCACAAUCGCUUCGGUACCAGCUUUACCCUCUCAUCCAUGGUCCUCACGUAUAGUCCUUGGUUGCUGGUCAGCCAAAUAUAUCCCUCUAGCUGCAAAACAUCUCCCUGGAUUUCCUUGCACGCAUAUUGGUUUCAGCAUCUCUUACGCUCGUCAAUUUUUACCCAUACCCAAUGUCAGUUUCAACAUGUUACUUCCCAUCCUCAUGGCACCGGGCGGCAACAAAUUCUUGAGGGAUUGCAAAAAGGCGCAGAAACCCGUAUUGGCGUGGACGGUCAACGCGACCGAGAAGAUGGAAUGGUGUAUAAGGAGAGAAAUCGAUGGAGUCAUCACGGACGAUCCGAAGCUUUUCCUCGAGGUGUGUAGGAGGUAUGAUCCGGAUAGUGAAGAAAAGGGGUUGAGUUGGAAGGUUUGGUUCGAUGUGCUGAGACUUUGGUUUUUCGCUGGGUUGUUUGGAGUUCUCUAUCGCAACAGGUUUGCUAUGAAGACGAAGAAGAGGGUGCAGAUUCAAGCUGUUUAG